GCGGUCUUCUGAGACGAGUUGAGCAGCUACAAAGUGACUUAAACCAGUCGGGAGCAACACUAUGUAAAUUACUUGGUUAAAAUAUAGACAUAGAGUUUUGUAACACUUUAUUUACAGUGUCAAACUCGUUGAUAAUGUCGGCGGUGCCGGUGACAUUACCGUCCACAGAACUGACCGAGUUCACAACGGAGGCGGUGGAGCGGGCUCUCCAGCAGCUGUACUAUGACCCAGACAUGGCACAGAAGAACAUAGCCCAGAAGUGGCUUACACAGGCCCGGGCAUCUCCACAGGCUUGGCAGUUCUGCUGGGCACUGCUGAGCCCAGAAAAGGUCCCAGAGAUCCAGUUUUUCGGCGCCAGCACGCUGCACGACAAGAUCACCAGCAGCUGGCACGACCUCGAUGACGAACAUUGCGAUGCUCUCCGCUCUCAGCUCAUCUCCCACGUGUGCCGCUUCGCCCUUGGCCCCAAGAUGGUGAUGUCACGCCUCUGUUUGGCUCUAGCAUCUCUGAUCCUUCGAACGCUCCUGGACUCCUGGCCCAGUGCUGUGCCUGACCUCCUGCAGGCGUUACAGAGCGGACAGGGAACGGAGGACACUGAUGCGCAUCACCUUGUGCUAUUGGAGGUGCUGUCUGUGCUGCCAGAGGAGCUUCAAAGCAGAAAGCUUACAUCAGAGAGUCGCAACAGGCUGCAAGAAACUUUGGUGCAAGAAUGGAACUCACUGUGCCCUUUGCUAAGGGAGCUGCUGCGACGAGAGGGCUUGCCGGUUCAUGUGAAAGAGCGAGCAUUGCACUGCGUGGCAUCCUGGCUGGCGCUCGGUGUGAAUUUGGGAGAGACGGUUGAACUCCUGCAGGACAGUUUGGAGUUGCUGGAAGUGUCUGAGCUUUUUGAAACAGCUGUGGAGAGCAGUGUUGGCGCCCUCUCGUUGCCUGACUGGCAGAGGUUUGCGGACAGUCUUCUGAAGUUGAUGCCCACUGUGCUGGGGCUCCAGGAGCAGCUGACAAGGGCAGUUCAGGACAGAGAUAUGGAGACAGCUCAUGGGAUUUGCCGCAUUGUUGUAGCACUGGGAGAAACUCAUUGCAGGACUUUGUUAGAUCAGAUCGGACACUGGCAGGCUUUCCAAGCUCUGGUCAACAUGAUUCUGUCCUGCACUGCUAUUCCCGGUUACUACCCAGUGGAUGAGACCAUCAGCUCACUCACACUCACGUUCUGGUACACACUGCAGAAUGACAUCAUGUCACUGGAGACAGAGAAGCAGACGUUCUACUUGCAGCUUUACAGACCAGUUUACUUUCAACUGGUUGAUGUCCUGCUGCACAAAGCCCGCUUUUCCAAUGACUAUGACUCUUCAUGGUCUGCUGAUGACAAGGAACAAUUCCGAACCUACAGAGUUGAUAUUUCGGAUACCCUGAUGUGCGUGUACGAGCUGUUGGGCCCUGAGUUACUGCGUAGGCAGUAUGAUAAACUUGGUCUGCUGCUGACCGACACCACCCACUCCUCCUCUUGGCAGGACAUAGAGGCUCUGCUGUAUGGCUUCCAGUCCAUCGCUGACACCGCUGACGUGGGUUAUUCAGACGUGAUACCCGGCCUGAUCGGCCUCAUUCCCCUCAUCAGUACUAACAACGUUCAGCUGGUAGAGACCGUCUUGCUUACCAUAGGCUCACUGGCCGAGUGGUUGGCUGAUCACUGUGUCAUGCUGCCCAACAUCCUGCGUAUUGUUCUGCCCGCUCUGUGUAAUGCCGACCUCUCCGUGCCCGCCGUCUCCACAUUGAAGAGGAUCUGCCGUGAGUGCCAACAUUAUCUUCAGCCACAUGCCAACGACAUCCUGUCUUCAUCACAGGAUGCACUCGUAAGGAAAAUCCAUAAGUGUCCUCAGAGCAUGUGGCUGAUGCAGGCUCUGGGCUUUCUUCUCUCAUCUCUAUCAGACGAGGAAAUUACAGAGAAACUUCGCUCUCUGCUCUCACCUCACAUCCAGGAACUGCAAAAUCUUGCCAAUCAGGCAACCAGUCCUGCUACAAAACUCUCCACAGUGCAUAUUCUGAAUCUGCUCUCCAGCCUCUUCUCCACUCUGGACCUGAACACACACGAAGAAGAUCUGAACAUGGUCAAAAGUCCUCGGUUUCCUCCUCACACCAACCCAGUUGUAGUUGUGCUACAGCAAGUCUUUCCUCUGAUCCAAACACUUCUGAGCAAGUGGCUGAAGGAGACUGAAGUGGUCGAGGCUGCAUGUGCUGUAUUUGAGAAAUCACUCAAGACACUUUUCCGUGAUUUCGGCCCUCUCGUCUCCCAGCUUUGUGAGCUGAUUGGCCAGCUGUUCAGUGCCUACCCACAAGCCUCUGCUUUAGACCUGACAAAAGAGUUGUUUCAGAUAUUUGCCGGUGAGAAGGAACACAUUCCCGCCAUUACCUCAGUUUUGGAAAUCAUCACAAAUAUCACCAUGGCUAUUUUUCAACAUGGUGCCAGAGAUCAUCCUGAUGUUGUGGAGUCGUUCAUGAAGCUUCAUACGCAGGUUUUAAAAAGUCAAGCAAGCCUGUAUCUCUCAGUGGGUCUUGAUGUCAGAGUUGUCUUCUACUGUGGAAUCCUAGCGUUUAAAUUUCCAGAGACGCCCACGCUGAAAUCCACAUGUCUGUUAUUUAUUGAGCUUUUGUCUCACUGUGAGGACGUCCCUGCUAUAAGGGAGGUGCUACAGGAGGACGGUCUGCUGCUCCUUCAGACUAUUUUGGAGGUUUGUAGUAUCCAGACUUCUCGAACACUGCUGGAAUACCUGGCUGACAUCCUGUUCUCCAUCAGCCUCCACUGUCCCGGCCUGCUCGCAGCUCGCCUCCGAGACGCCCUGCAGACUGAUGCUUUCCCCUGCAGCCUGGUCAGCCCAGAACACAAAGAGAACUUCUGCCAGCAGAUCCUCAGGGAACAAGUAAACAAGCGGACAAUGAGGAAUAUCGUAAAGGAGUUUUCACUUUUGUGUCGGGGACUACAGGGAACUAAAGAUACAGAUUACUAAACAGCCUGUGGAUGAAGAUGGUCCCCUAACACAAGACACCGGGGGAGUCAAACGAGACACGAGAGCCUCUCAUUAGUUUUCAAUGUAUCUUUUUUCUUUACAGACUGGAAUGAAAAGAUUACUUUUGGCCGUG